AUGAGUUUUGUAAACGAUUUAGAUGAUCUCUGUGAUUUUAGUAAAUUAAGUCAGAAGUGGAAAUAAACUAAAAAUGAAUAAUUAAAACAAACUUCACCAAGUCCUUCAAAAACUGAAUCUGAAAUUACUUCUAGUAAAUGUGCAAUUAAUCCUUGGAAUAAAGGUUUUAUUGCUAAAUUAUCUUAGAAAAUUUUGUACUGAAUAAUGAAGAUGCCAAAAAAAAUAUUAGCAAAUCUAGAAAUCAUGCUCCUUAAAUUAUUGAUGAAGACACUGAACAAUUUAAAAUUAGAUUAGAACAUAUUUUAAAUGUAUUCAAAACAGAAGCUACAAGUGAAUUCAUGACUAUGAAAAGAUCUAUGUUAGAAGAUUAAAAACAAACUAUUAAAUUAGAUACUGAAAAAUAUUUGUAAAUGUAUGAAUUAAAAAAUAAUGAAUUACAAUAAACAAAAGAAUAAUUAGCUGAAUAAAUGAGAAUUUGUAAUUAGAUUACUGAAAGAUCAGAAAAAAUAGCUCAAUAUUGUGGUAAAAUGAAAAAUAAUAAGAGAAGAUAAACUGUUUUAUCAAAUGUAUUAAAAAGUUUAAAACAAUAUACAAAAUAUUCAUAGAGAAAAAAAUAUGUAUAAUAUACAUCUAUUAUAGAAUUAAAAAAAAGCAAUUAGACAUUAUAAAUUAUUUUUAUAAAGAUUAAUUUUUAGUUUAUGGAAAAAGUAGUUCAAUAUUCAAAUUAGAAUUAAUUAAUCUGAAAAGUUAAAAUUAACACAUUAAAAUGAUAUUGAUUUAUUAAUGGCUAAAUUUUAAAAGGAAUAAUAAUUAUUAGAAUAGAAAUUAUUUGAAGCUACAUCCUAAUUAGAUGAAGCCAAUAAAAUUAAACUGUCAAUGUAGGAAAAUUUAAAAAGAGCUUUUAUGAGAGGAGUUUGUGCUUUAAAUUUUGAAGCUAUGAAUGUUUUAAAUGGAUCAUCUUAAUAAAUGGAAUUAGAUUCUUUAGCAACUAAUUUAUUGAUGAAUCCAUAUUAAUAAUCAAAUACAUAAUAGUAAUAAUCAAAUAUUCAUUUAAACUAAUAAUUUAAUUAAUUUAAUGAUACACUGAAUUUAAACGAAAGCAAAGAUUAAUGGCAAAGAUAACAUUCACCUCCUAAAAAUAUUAUAUACCAUCAAUAAAAUAGAUUAGAAACAAAUGAUCAUCGAUGGAAAGAUGCUCCAAUUAUUGGAAUCAAAUAGUUAUCAGAAAUUGCUGAAAAUUAAAGCAUCAAUAUGUCGAUAUCAAAAUUAGUAUAAUAAGGUAAAAUUAUAGAUUUACUUAGAUGAUCAAUAGUUUGAUAGAGAUGAGGAAUAAAAUGAAGGGAAGGUAAUCAAAGUAAAUUUUGACAAUCCAUCAAUUGUAUAAACAUAGACAUAAUCAAUAAAAAAAUAAACAGCCUAAAUGAAAUAACCAUAAACUAAAUAAUCUUCAAAAUAAAAUAUAACAACUAAUUAAUCAACAUUUAAGAAAAAAUGA